AUGAAGUACAUUCUGGUUUCGGGAGGCGUCAUCUCCGGUGUAGGCAAGGGCAUCAUCGCGUCCAGCACUGGUUUGCUUUUGAAGACACGCGGUCUCAGAGUGACUAGUAUUAAGAUAGACCCUUAUAUGAAUGUUGAUGCUGGGACUAUGAGCCCUACCGAGCAUGGAGAGGUGUACGUGUUAGAUGACGGCGGGGAGGUUGAUCUGGACCUGGGAAACUACGAGCGCUACCUGAACAUUUCGCUAAGCCACGAGCACAACAUAACAACCGGAAAGAUCUAUUUACACGUUAUUGAGCGAGAGCGUCGAGGCGACUAUCUGGGCAAAACGGUUCAGAUCGUGCCCCAUUUGACUGAUGCAAUUCAAGACUGGAUUGAGCGUGUGGCUAAAAUUCCCGUCGAUGAAUCUGGGGAAGAGCCACACGUGUGUAUUGUUGAGCUUGGAGGUACAAUCGGAGACGUGGAGUCAGGCGUCUUCUUUGAAGCCAUGCGUCAGCUUCAGAGACGGGCUGGCAAGGGUAAUUUCCUCCAGAUCCAUGUCUCUUAUGUUCCCGUUAUUCCUCCAGGUAGCGGCGAGCAAAAGACAAAGCCCACCCAGCGGGCGAUCAGCGAUGUCAGGAGCGCAGGGCUCAGCCCAGACUUGAUUGCUUGCCGCUGCGAGAGACCGCUCGAAGGUCAAACAAUCGUCAAAAUCGCCAAUGCUUGUCAGGUUGAUCGAGACCAGGUCCUCACUGUUCACAAUGUCUCAACAACCUACCACGUACCCGUCCUUCUUGAGAACCAAGGUAAAAAGGGUACCACCACAUGGACGGAAUGGAAGUCCCUGGCCUCAAGCCAAGAUCAUACACAGGUGACUGUGUCUAUUGCCCUUGUUGGCAAAUAUACGAGCCUUCACGACUCUUACAUGAGUGUUAGCAAGUCGCUGGAACAUGCGGCUAUGCACUGCAAGCGGAAAAUCAACCUUAUCUGGGUUGACGCAUCUCAUCUAGAAGAGACGACACAGGAGUGCUCCCCUGCGGAGUUUCACAAGGCGUGGCAUGCCGUCUGCAUGGCAGAUGGGAUCCUAGUCCCCGGCGGUUUCGGCCAUCGGGGAACAGAAGGCAUGAUCAAAGCAGCCAAAUGGGCCCGGACAAAUAACAUUCCAUACCUGGGUAUAUGUCUAGGCAUGCAGCUAGCCGUCAUUGAAUACGCACGCAAUGUUUGCGGUAUAGACGCGGGCAGCGAGGAAUUCGACGAGAAUCAUUCCAAUCCAGCCAUCGUCUACAUGCCAGAAAUAAACAAGGAAAAGAUGGGCGGUACGAUGCGAUUGGGCAAGCGACCCACCAUCUUCCAGCCUGGCACGGACUGGUCCCGUCUGCGAAAGCUGUACGGAGGUACACCGGCCAUCUGGGAGCGACAUAGACAUCGCUACGAAGUCAAUCCCCAGAUGGUGGAGACUCUGGAGAAGGCCGGACUGACAUUCAUUGGCAAGGAUGACAAGGGCGAACGGAUGGAAAUUGUCGAGCUCAGGGAUCACAAAUGGUACGUUGGCGUGCAAUUCCAUCCAGAGUACCUCUCCCGAGUUCUCGCGCCCAGCAAAACAUUCCUGGGCUUCUUUGCCGCUGCCGCUGCCUGUCUGGAGGAAAUUAGCGAGACUUACAAAGAUCGAUAUGACCUAAGCCACCAAAAGAUGGAUCUUAAUUUGAUUCCAGGCCGAUAG